UAAUUAUAUACAUAAUACGUAAAUAAAUAAAAAUAAAUAAUAGAUAAAAAUUAGUUUUAUAUAUAACAUUCAUCCCGCGCAAUUGCGCGGGUGUUAAGCUACAUCGUAUAUGUUUUGGAUUUUACCAAUACAUUUAUUAGAAGAAUAGAAUGAUCUUAUUCCGCGGUUUUUAACAAUGGAAUUAUUUUUCCACAUCAUAACGGAUUAACGGGCUGCAGUCAUUCAUAACAUACACCAUAAAAAUUCUCCAGAUAAAGAUAAAUCUUUUUUUUGCUAAAUAAAAAAGGUGUUUUUACCUAUUUGCCGGGAACCAAAGCAUUGUAAAUAGUCCAUCCUACCGUGAGUUGAAUCUAAGUGGUGGAAGUUACACCUAUAACCCCUUUACCACUACAGAUAAAGAUAAAUCUUUUUCUUUGGUUAGAUCUGUUCCUGAAAAGGUUCUUUUAAAAAAGUUUUUUCUAAAACCCGUCAAUCAACCUGCUAUAACCAUUACAACAAAGAUUAGAGUAAAUUGAAUAUGUCUCCGAUUACAAAUCGGUAGAAAUGAAAAAAAUAUCCCCAAAAAUUAAUAAAAACAAUCGAAAUGAAACCAUAAUGCUAGAAACAAAGAAGAAGAAGAAAUUAUUAGAAGAGAUUUUUCGGCCCCUGUGCUACAAAAAUCACCGGCAAGAACAGACAAAAAAUCUCCUUUUUCUCCACUGAUGACUAAGGCCAUCCGCAUUGAGGGUUUUAAACUCAGGUUCACAGGCUUCCCAAAACAAAAAAGGUGAAUUCAAGGUCUUGCAGGUUCACGCGUAAGAGACAGGUUCACAACUAUUUCGUGGGCCCCACGACGCGUGGCGGCUCGCGAUUGGUUUGACUUUUUACUGUUUUUUUUUUAAGAAAUCAAACGAAAAAAGAAAAUAAUAAUAAAUAAUUAAAUUGGUGAACCCCUCCUAAGUUUCACUAAUGCAGAUGCCCUAAGGCAACCGUGUGUCUAUCUUUGAUAAAAAUGGUUUAGUUUGUGCAAGUAAAAUAUUUAAAAGAAGAAAAAUUGCAAAUUGGACAGAUAUGCACGUUAAGAACAGUUGCUCUGUACCAUAAUACUGGUUUAGCUUGGUAAAGAUUCUGUCUGGUGAACUUCUUUUUAUUACAUUUCUCUUUGUACGAAGAUUAAAACAGCAAGCCAAAUUGCAUUGGCUUGACGUGGGGGAUAGGAACAUCCUAUUUUUAUACAAAACUAUCCAGGCGAGGAAGAUCCAUAACAUGAUUCGAGAAAAUCAGAGAAAUAAAGAACGGUUAUGAAGAGAUGCUAAAGGAUCAGGAGGAUAUUAAAGUUGAAGCUGAAAGGUUCUUCCAUGAGUUCCUCACAAAGAAUCCUCAAGAAUAAAAAGGUAUGCCAGUUGAAUACCUUCAGGAGAUCCUUGUCUUCCGGUUCUCUGAGUUUGAAAAAGCACAUCUUAUUGAAGAAGUAACAGAAACAGAGAUUGAGAGAACCCUGUUCACCAUGCCAAACGAUAAGUCACCAAGGUCAGAUGGAUACACCAGUGAAUUGUUCAAAGUAUCAUGGGCAGUACUAUGGAAGGAUAUAGUCGCAGCAGUGAAAUCUUUUUAUUGUGUAAAAGGAUUUCUUCCUAAGGGUUUGAACGAUUCUAGCUCUCAUACCGAAGAAGGACAAUCAAGUCGAGAUGAAAGACUUCCGACUAAUCUCCGUUUGCAAUAUAAAGUAAUUUCAAAGAUUAAUACAAAUAUCUAGGCUUAAAUAAGUCCGCAGUUUAUUUCACAGAAUCAAACGGCUUUCAAACGCGCCUUUUGAUGGAAAAUGUGUUGUUAUCCACUGAAGUUAUUAAAUAUUAUCAUAAGGAGUUUAUUGUCACCACGAGGAGCUAUGAAAAUAGACAUUGCAAAGGCUUUCAAUUAUGUACAAUGGAUUUUUCUUCUGAAUAUCCUGUCUUCUUCUCUAAACUGUCCGCAGAGUUUCAUACACUGGAUUCGUCUAUGUAUAACAAGAGCCUCCUUCUAUGUCUAAGUGAAUAGUAAGCUAGCCGGGUUAUUUCAGAAGUGAGAGUCUGAGAGAGGAGGGAUGCUCCAUGUCUCCUUACCUAUUUUUCAUCUGCAUGAAUGUCGUAUCGAAGCUGAUAGAUAAAGCAGCUCUAGAGAAAAGAAUUGGAUAUCCCCAAAGUGCAAGAAGAUUUAUCUCAUGAUUUUUGUGGAAAGAAAGAAAAGCUCGGUGGAAGAGGUUAUUGACAUUUUAACACAUUUGAAGAGAUAUCUGGUCUCCACAUAAAUAUAGAGAAAUCAACUCAAUACCUUGCAGGAAUAAAUCAGGCCACCCAGACAGAGAUAACAUCGUCUUUCCCAUUUGCUACCAGAGAUCUUCCAGUCAAUUACCUCAGACUUCCCCUUCUCACCAAGAGAAUGACAGCACUGCACAUGAUUAUCAGCCUUUGGUGGAAAGAAUUCGAACAAAAUUCAGAUCAUGGAUAACAAGAUUCUUAUCCUCCGCGGGGAGGCUUGGUUAACUCGAUAAUCCUUAGCACUAUUAACUUCUGGAUCAAAGCAUACAGAUUGCCAAACGAAUGCAUCAAAGAGCUGAAUAGGCUUUGUUCGGCUUUUCUCUUUCCAGGACCAGGUUCAAGUCAGCUGCUUUAAGCAGAUAUGGAGAAUCUUGUGUUCCCAAACACUUUGGGGGUAAAAUAGAUUACACAAACCCACUUGAAGGAAAAAUUAUGGACUUAUUGAUGAGAAACAUCCCACAUCGGAAAUAUAAGAAUUAAUCUAUUACUAUAUAAAGGGUUAGGGCCAAUCCACUCACUACCAAUUGGUUUUAAGUUGGAAGCCCAUAAUAAACCCGAAUCUAACAUGGUAUCAGAGCGAUAAGAUCCUUUGACCUAAUUUACUACUAUACCGAUGUUGGGCCCUCUGUGGAUGUUAUUCCCACAUUUUCCACGCUUCAGACCUAGAUGUCUGAGCGUGAGGGAGGGUAUUGAUGAGAAACAUCCCACAUCAUAAAUAUAAGAAUUAAUCUACUACUAUAUAAAGGGUUAGGGCCAAUCUACUCACUACCAAUUGAUUUUAAUUUGGAAGUCCAUAAUAAACCCGAAGCUAACAAGACUGUUAAGGAUAGUGCAAACAGGGGUUUUUGGAUGUGGAGAAAGAUUCUCAAAUACAGAGACAAAGCACAAGAGCUAUACACAGUAAAACUGGUCAGUGCCUUGCUGGGAAGGCAGUUCACGCGAGACUAGGAGGAAUUGAUCAAGCUUUUGUGUGACAUAUUGAUAAGACAAAGCUAGAUAUGCUUUCAUAACUACUAUGUAUCAUACCUGGCAAGAGCAGUAACCAGAGAAGGCAUGGAGAAAAUCAAAUAUCUGUGGACACACUGUUAAAGAGGAUUGAUCGAUGUGAGGAGGACCGUCUUCUAUCAAUAAGUAGGAAGAGGAGAGAAGAAUCAUCAGGAAGCUUGCUACGAUGGCUCGAAUACACAGCAUAAGAAGCUAAAGGAAAAUUUUCUUUCUAAGUUCAAAAGUCUGAGAGCUUGAAAACUCUAAACAAAAUGUAACACUCAGUUAUAAACACGUUGUUGGAUCUAAUACAAUCUUACAUUCAUUAAAAAAAGGAUUAAAAAUCAUAUGAAAGAGAUUUUAGUGCUAUAGGAUGAAGCUGUUACGGCAUUUGAACUAGACGUACGCUGUUAUAGGAUGAAGCUGUUACGGCAUUUGAACUAGACGUACGCUGUGGAGGUCGUACAGUUCAGUACAGGAAACUCCAUGGAAACAGAAUCGAGAAACUCAUCAUCUUCUUGUAAAUCAUGUAACCAAUCUCAGAAAUGUUGAGCCAAUAUAUAUAACAUUCGAGAAGACAUAUUUUCCCAUACGUCCUGCUCAGCUAAUGGUGGUUCAUGUACGAUUUCACCAGGCGACCAAGUGUUGAUUAUACAUGAACCAAGACACGUAUAGUUGAACGAGAUCAUCAAACAACUACGAUAAUUGUUUUUUAAGAAUAUUCCAUUGAUUAGGCAAUUCUUUGUAUCUUUAUGGACAGCCAGAGAAAAGCUAAUGUGAUCAGAGAAAAAACAAUCAUGUGGUAGAUGAUAAAUGUUUGGGAGAUCGAAAACAUCCACAAUAUCAAAAUUAUGAAAAACACGAAAAAUAGAUGAAGAUAUAGGAGAUUUAUACGAAUAAAAAUACACAAAUAGCUAAGAAUUUAUUAAAAAAUAUUACUUAUCUUAAUAUACUAUUUUUUAUAGAAAAUUAGGUGCAUUCAAUCUUUGUGUCUAAAUGGUAACGUAAAGAAUGAGUAGAAAUAGAUUUGACCAAAAAAAAGAAUGAGUAGAAAUAGUAAAAAAAGAAUUCAUUCCUUAAAUUUGACUCUAUUCAUAAAAAAAAAUAUUUUUAAACCAUAAGAAACAAACAUUAAUUCCUACUAUUUUGUUUCUGUUCAUUUUUUCCACUUUGUUCAUAUUAUUCUUUUAGAAGUUACCAUGUAAAGCCCAAUAGACAUAGAAGCGUGGCCAGAUGAGUGUGUUAAGUAAGUUAAGCAUAUAAUGACUACGUAUAAGCGCCAGUUCAAAAUCAAACUCAUGUUAUCUUGACGUAGUGGUAUGUAUUUCAUGUAGCUUAGCCCAUCCAAUCUCUUAAGGACAUGGAGUCUUAAACAUGAUUUUACCAAUUUAGACUAGUUCCCAUCAUGUUAAGGCACCAUUAUCGCCAAGGAUUCACUUGGGUUUUUAAUCAAUUUUUUUUAAUUAUUAACCAAAAAUUUCAUAGUUUUUUCUUUGGUACUCUGAGGUGUAUUUGUGUUGGCCAUUUUUCCAUUUUGUUGCCGCUAAAAUGGCUUUCAACAGAGCAUCUUCCGAAGUGAAGAUUUUAUAUUCGAAGACCAGGUUGUUGCGUGCAAUCCAUAAGGACCAUAAGAUCCAUGGGGCAAGUUGUCCUGCAAUAAUCCCAAAUGGUGGUAAACAUGAGCGCGGUUUCAGGUCUAUCCAGCCUUCAAUUAAAUCUAUUACUGUGCUACUCUCAAAAUCCGAACACAACGGUGCAUCUGUCAGCAUUACGAUCUUAUCGGCUGAGGAUAAGAACUUCUUUGACAAACCCCUACACUUUUUCUUUAUCAUAUCAGCUAUUGAUGCAAAAAUAUCCUUUUUCUCUUCCAAAGCGUAACUACUUCCCCCUCCCCCUUCUUUUUUGAUUUGCAAAUCAUCUUUCACAGCUCGGGGCUUUCUUGGACAAGGUAAUAGAAAAUUUCUCUGCAUUAAUCUUCUGACCGGAGGGGCGGAGGCUUCUCCAUAAUUUCUAUGGUGAAUGAUAUCUUACGAUUUUGUUGGUUCUUGCACCAAGCUUCCACAUCUGUUGCAAACACCAAUGAUUAACUGGUACUCUAAAAUAAGGUGGAAUUUCUAAUGGAUAGAAAAGGAUAAGCUUUUAGAAACUACUUAAAAGUUGUUAAAAAGAAUUGUAAAUAGAAGCGGUCCAACAAGUUGAAUGUAACAGUUUCCUACAUCAAUUUGUGAUUAAUAACUAUGAGAAGGUUACACUUUAUCAGAACAAGUUAUCCAUAAACAUAUCAUGAUUAGACUACUUUUUCAAAAACAAAAUCUCAAAUACAUAUGUUUUUUACAAAUUAUGAAUAAUAUGUUACACAGAUGAAAUAAAUGAAGGUGGGAAUCAAAGUUGUAAAGUGUUCUGCACGUGGUGGCAUUAGUGGAAAUGCAUCCAAAUUAAGAAUACAAACAAUGCACUUGGGUGUUCAAAAAAAAAAAACAAUGCACUUGUAUUUCAGUCCACAUGCUCCUCUAUAACCCAAAACCAUAUCUUUUGGGUCCCCUUUUCCAAAAAAAUUCUAUUCAAAAAUAUUUUCCCGUAAUAAAUUGUGAAACGAGUAUAAAAUCAGCAAAUCAUAACAUGCCAUUUACUAUCACAGAUUUUCUGACAGCGUCGGUCGAUUUCUCAUCAUUCAAACCAAUAAAACAGUGUUGAACUUUUAUUAUAUCCUAUUAUAUUGGUUACAAAUCAUAUUUGAAUGUGCGUAAUUGCUUAGAAGAAUGUACGGAUAGAGUUACACCUUUUCCAAGAAAUCUAGGUAUUGAGUAUUAAGUAUUAACUGCAUCGUAUCCAAAACUAGAAAAUUGAGAAAUAUGUUUAACCCUAACGUGUACAAUCCCAUGACCCUCCCGAAUCUGAUGAACCAUGUGUAUUGCCAAACAAAACAAAAAUUGUAUCUAUCAGCAUAAUUUGUAAAACCAGUAUUCAGUAAUUUGAACUAAGUUAAAUCGUCGUUCUUGUCUUUUAAACUGCAAGAAAUUGAAAAGAUGUGGGUAGUGAAAUUGAUAAUUCCAAGGUCCUCUUCACAAGUACAAGCCAAAAAGAAUUAUCAAGGGGAGUAAUUAAACUAGAGGGAAGGGACAAAGAGAGAACAAAUGGUAAAAUCAAGGACACACAAACACAUGCACACAUACAUUCAAAGACUCAGACAACAUACAACUAUACAAGUAUGUGUGGAUGUGUGUGUUUGUACAGAAAGAGAGAGAAAGAGGGACAUGUGAAUGUAUUAAUAGGAGGUGGGGUUUUGAGUGUUGAUGUCUUCAUAUUCUGGCAAUGGAGUCACAUGGUAAAGAGGGAAUUCAAGCCACCUCUCUUUUAGGGUAGGUAUGAUGCAUCCAAAUUUAGAGCUCUUCCAUGUGACUCCAUGUGUGUGUUUUUCUUCCUUCGCCCAUUAUUAACUUUCUUUUCUUUUCAUCCUCUAACUGAAUCAUCUCUCAGUUAAUUUAUAAGAUCCUAAACCGAUUAUUAUUGUUGUUAGUUUAACCUAAUUACCUUCUCUUUAGUAAAUACAAUUGUAAUCUUAUUAUUAAUUUUGAUUACCAUCCUUGAACUACUUAAGAGAUUGUCUUAAAGGUAUAGUAAAAUUGGUCACAAAAAUUAAGUUACUAAAACAUCUUUGUAUAUUGUGUCCAAACUUGGUUAUUAACCUAAAUAAUGUUUUCUGUUAAAACUUUUACAAUAGUGUCUAAAGAACAAAGGCGUCUAAUUCAUAACAUGAUUUAACUCAUAGGUUUCACAAAUCAUAUGAGAAUAGCACUCGUAACUAGAUUACUUGCCGACAUAAAUUAAAUCUUAUUGAAAUUUUCUUUUAUAUAUUUAUUUUACUUAGUCGUAUCAUUCUUACAGAUAUUAAGUCAUUUAUAUUUAAAGAAUUAACUUCAUAAAGUGUGAUUGUGUUGAACAUCACAUGAGCUUUACCUAUAUACAUACCCGUUACUGCAUAACAUCAAACCAUAUCAUUAUACACAAUCGUAGGAUCUCUCCCUCUCUCUUGCUCUCUCCAUAUUCUGAGAUUGCUAUAUAUAUAGGUAUUUCUUUUGCAGACUUCCUAUGAAGCAAACAAAUGCUCAUAUGGAGAGGCAAAUUAUGAACAAGAGAAAACGAGUUUUUUCUGUCCAAGAAAAGAAGAACCCGAAGGCAGUCUUUGCGAAAAGAUACGUGAGUCACUUGGUUCCAGCUCUCAAGAAGAUCAACAUGAACAAACCCUCUUCGCAAAUCAACAGCAAAAGUUUCGAGCAAACCGUGAAACAUGAAGUAGACAUGGCUUUGGCUUUGUCUGCUCAAGAAUUCGCGUGGAGCCGUUUCUUGCAACACAAGCUAUUAUCUUCCCCUCAUGAAGAUCCUAGUUACUCUUCCAAGAUUCUAGAAACAUCUAGCUGUAAACAAGACGGAAAAGAAGGAGCAGAGAUAAAGAAGAAACUGAAGGAAUUGCAAAAGCUUGUGCCAGGAGGAGAAGAGAUGAAUAUGGAGGAGAUAUUGAGUGAGGUCGGAAGCUACAUUGUAUGUCUUGAGUUGCAGAUGAUUGUUCUAAAAUCACUUGUUCAAGAUAACAUUUCUUGAUUAUUAUAUAAUUAAAUGUUUCAUAUGCAUGUCCUUUACGUUAAACAAAGAAAGUUAGAUAAUAGCUCAACUCCAAAGAAAAUGAACAUAUGAUUAUAAUGGUGUUUUCUCUUAUUCAACUUAUGAUUACGGAUAACAUUUUGUAUUUCAAAAUUUUACAUACGUUUUUUAAAGAUAAUUUUUUUUUGCCCUUAAAUUUGUUUCUCAAGGAAAGAACAUAUAACUUUUUUUUCUUCUUAUUAUAGUGGGGUUUUAGUUUACAUCUCCUUUUUGACAUAUUGAAAGUUCAGUUUUGAUAAAAAUGAAAUUUAGAAGCUCGCUUGGGAUAUACAUAUUAUUAUGCUUAACUAUAUGAUGUAACUAAGUUGAAUAAGUGAAUAAAGUGUGAAAGUGUGGUCAAUGAGAAGUUAUAUGUUUAUUUGUUCAUAUCAUCAUAUGUUUACACAUUGUUGAUGUGAAAGUUGUUGUUUGUGAUAUAUCCAAAAAAACGCAUGUGUAACCCAAAUCCUUUGUUUUGUCUUCUUUCCAUUUCCUCAAGAAAGUUUAUAUAACUUUAUUGUAGUUUAUAUCUUAGAGAUACAAAAUAAACAAAAAAUUGAUUAUGUAACAGCGACUGACUUUUCGAUAUUUCUACAGCUGGGGAGAAAAACCGAAUCCGAAGAACCGAACCGAACCCGAACCGAAAAAGUAGUACCGAACCCGAACAGAAAUUGAUUAAAUAUCCGAACGAGUUCAAAAUUUUUGUAUUCAGAGAACCGAAACCGAACCCGACCCGAACCGAAGUAUUUCGGAUACCCGAAUGAAUUCUUAAUAGAUUUAUAUAUCUAAAUAUAUAUAUAUAUAUAUAUAUAUAUAUAUUGAUUAAUGUAUAUUAAAAACAUCCAAAAUAUAAAAGAUACUUUUAAGUUGUCUAAAAUACUUAAAAAUAUAUAUAAAUAUCUAAAAUAGCUCAAAUAUAUUCAAAACACCAAAAAUAUUUUAAAUAUCUAUUGAUUCUCCAUCAAAAUAUUCAAACCAAACCAUAUAUGUUAAGUUUAGGUAUUUUGACAUAUGUUAUUUAUAUGUAAUAUAGUAUUUUAUUUAUAGAUUUUGAAAAAUUUAAAGUAUAUAAUGAAUUUAAAAUUUUAAAAAUCAUUUAAAUGGGUUAUUCGAAUCCGAUCCGGACCGAACCCAUACUGAAAUUUAGAAAUAUCCAAAUGGGACUGAAAUCUUUGACACCGAAAACCCAAAACUCGAAUAGAUCCGAACCAAACCCGAAUGGGUAUCCGAACACCUACUCUGGAUAUUUCUGUAUACAUUGAGAUUUUAACUUCCUUUUCAUUUGUGAACUAUAUAAUAAUUUUUGUUUCAUAUUUAUAUACAUCAUAAUAAUUGACACAGUAUAAGAAUUUGUCUGGAAUACUUCCACUUAUUGAUGACUAUAUUAUAUUAUUUUCUUGUUAUAAUUAAUUAAAGAAUACAAAUGACACUCCAAGGCUUAGAGAAAGUGAAAUACAUUCGAGAAAUAAUGACACAAUGGAGGUUCCUAUCAGAUUACAAAGAGCAAGUGGUAUGAUUUGAAGUCAUCAUCAAUAUCUUUGCACGUGUAUUGAGUCACUCUUGAAUUUUCCUAAACCCCACUACGAUCUCAAUGUAUCUCACUUCUCACAUGAUAGACGUCUUUGAUCUUUGUACACAAGCAAAUAUAUACAGGAUCAAUGUUUUUAUUAUAGGAUUAAAUUAAAUAACAUUGUUCAAAUAUUAGGUAUGAAGAUCAAAUAUAUAAGAGAAACGGAGAAAGUAGUAACAAUUAAUAAGCUCACAUUAGGCCAUUAGAAAAAAGGUGUAGCCAAAGUGCCAAAACACCAAGGCGAGAGAGCCUUGUUUCUUCAAAGGCAAAUUUUGCAAAGCUCGACGUAAAAGUUUAAGAACAAUGACUAAGAAUGAAAAGAGUUAUUUGGAAGAGUUAUGACAAUACACAAAGAGGUCUCUUCCCUCUACUACGAUCUUAAAAAGAGGGACUUGUGAAGAAGACAAAAAAA